AGUUACAGCGGACAGCGUGCGCGCUUUUCAAGUCGCUUUGGGAAACCAGGACUUUCGCACCGGGUCCAUUGUGGACUCCUUUGACCCAGACAAUGCGCAGUUUUGUCCACCAGCUUUAUCGAGACCACGGUCGGACUCCAGUGUGCUGCAUCACUUCUCUCGUCCGUCCCAAUCUCCCUCACCCGUGCGUCACGUUCUGGGUCAGUUGGGUUCGAACACGGUGAGCGCAAUGGACGCAUCUCGGCACCCCAAUCGGCAGCGCCUGCGGAUGAGCAUAUGGGACCGAAACUUCCCAACCCAAAAAGUGUGGAUUCAUCGACGUGCGAACAACGAGGAUGGGCAAUCACCACUAUACUGCCUGACUGUUUCCACAGUGAGCCCGACAAAACCGGUACCGCAGACAGUGCGUAACGCUAAUACAAUAUGCACUGAAUUGUCUGAAGAGUUUGAACGCUCAUCUCCUCGACCGCUAGCGCCUACUCUUGGCAAGCAGUUACUCGUGGCUAACCGCAUCGCCGACAGUUUGCUCCGAUUUAAGAACAACAAGCGUUCGGCAGAGCCGGUAACCAACACAGCCACAGUGGAGAAACGCGUAAGACGAUCUCCUGAACCGCCCGACUACUCCCAUGAGAAUAAUUCCAUUGCAGAUAUCAUAGAUACCUACAAACCUCCCACAGUCGAUCAGUCGGCCACCCCGGUCCCACAGCUGGUCGACAGAGGCCUUCUCUCUUCCACUGUGCUCUCUUCCUCAAAUUAUUUUCCCAAAAAAUGCCCAGAGGACAAUUCAUCGCUGCUCAUCCCGAAGUCAAAAACCGAAGACGAUGUUGCCUGUGCUCUACAGAGAGCCGCGGUACGAGAAUCUCAAGAACCGAAUGAUGCCGUGCUCCGCAGCCCGGUGUUCAACCGUAAUCCGUUCCGCAUCCAACCCACGAAUGCUCACACUGUCAAUGUAAUUUCACCUCUCUGCACCACACCUCCGCAGAAACCGCGUCUCUGCGAUUCCGAUUGCCGACCGGCUUUUGUCGAAGCUGGCCGUGGCGCAACGAGUGAAACUUCGGAGAUACUCACCCAAAGGUUGGUAUUUGUUUUCUUUACUUGAUGCGGCGAAUUGUCGCAUGUUCCCGUUAUCAGCAUCGUGUUCAGUUGAAUGAUUGUGAUACAACCAUCGUAGCGUGAUUGAUGCGGUUCACGUAAUAACAAUAUUGAUGCAUACAAGGAUGAUUGCACAACAAAAAGGAUGGUGUAAAUGAAAACAAAUUCGUCCCACCUAUUGCUGCCUCGUGUACGCUAUCAUUUGUUUAAACCGGCCGCAUUAUACGACACUUGCGCUUCGAACCAGCUAACAACUGA